AGUGCCAUGAACUAGGGCCUGACACUGAUCACCUGUUUGUCGAAUGACCUUAUGAUGGCAGUUAUAACAGUCCUAGCUGAUAGGCCCUGCUCACUUGUUCUGGGUAGAUAGCGUGCUGAGUGCUUAGCGUGUAGUAUUUCAUUUCAACUUCAUGGCCGUGGUGUGAGGUCAGAUGUGCCUGACUCCAGAGGAGGAGAAGGAGACUGGACGGAAGAAGAGGGGGCUGUUCCCUCCCCCUGGUGUCCCAUCUGCUGUCCUGGGAGGCCUGGGCAAGGCGCUCCCUUCUCUGGAUCAGCACCCUUCCCAGAACCCCAAGCAUUGGAACAUUCCAGGACUCUAUGACCUGUAUUGGUGGGUGGUGCUGGAGCCCUGACCCCCCAGCCGAGCAGCCGGGGCCCGCAUGAGGUGGGGGCUCCCCGGUCCUCCUUGGCGGUGGCUGCAGCUGAGAGAAGGGUCAGCCAUGUCAUCUCAGCCACCUCCACCGCCACAGCCCCCAACACACCAGGCUUCGGUCAGGCUGCUGGACACCCAGCGGGCCCGAGAUCGGUCACCGUCCCCUCUCCGGGGCAACGUGGUCCCGAGCCCGCUGCCCACCCGCCGGACGAGGACCUUCUCGGCGACGGUGCGGGCUUCGCAAGGUCCUGUCUACAAAGGAGUCUGCAAAUGCUUCUGUCGAUCCAAGGGCCACGGCUUCAUUACCCCGGCCGAUGGUGGCCCCGACAUCUUCCUGCACAUUUCUGACGUGGAGGGGGAGUAUGUCCCCGUGGAAGGCGACGAGGUCACCUAUAAGAUGUGCUCCAUCCCCCCCAAGAACGAGAAGCUGCAGGCCGUGGAGGUGGUCAUCACCCAUCUGGCCCCGGGCACCAAGCACGAGACCUGGUCCGGCCACGUCGUCAGCUCCUAGGAGACGCCGGAAGCAUCCCUUCUCCUGGGCUCGCGGGAGACUCUGGGGGGGAGGAGGAGGCAGAACCAAACUGCAGAUGACGGUCUACCGCUUGAGAGGGGGCUUCAGAGCGGGGAGCACGGUCCCUUUCAAGCAUCUUCCGGAGGAAGGGGCGAUGGGGACAGGCACUGGCAUGCUCUCGGCCACCAGCACAGCCUUGGACCGUUCCAACAGCCUCUCACCAUCUGAAAAGCAUUAAAAGCAUGGAAAAAGGAGGGGUGCCCGCUGGUGGCUGAGUGGAUGGUCCAACCCCAGCCCCGGGAGUGGGUCAGGUGGGCGCUUCCCCAGCCCACAGAGUCCUUGUGCCCCUGGGCUGGAGGCUCAGAAUCCCCAGAUCCAGCCCGCCCCGGGGGGGGCUGACGGGAGGCCCUGUGCGUUUCCCACCUGCGCCUACCCUCCUUGUGUCUGUGUUUGGCCCUCAGCAAAGCGGGCUCUUUUCUGUUGGUCUGUUUGGUUUGUUCUAGGGGAGCUGGCCUCACCGGGCAGGGGGGCACGAGAGCGGGGGUCUUUGGUGCGUUUGCAGCGGGAAGAAUCCCAACUGGGUGCCUGGGAAAAGAGUUUCCCCAGGAGCCCUGAGCCCUCCCCUCGGCCAUGCCGUGCUCAGCUGAAUCCUCUCUCCUCCUACCCUCAAUUUAACAGACAGUUCACAGCCGUGGUCGUUUAGGUGGUGGGUCGGGGUGGGGGUGGGAGAAGGGCGGGUCUUUGUUUAAGAUCAGAGCUCGGUCCAGAACCCUCCGGAACAGAGUCGGUCGGUGGUGGUGGCUCGCUUCUCAACAGCCUGGUAAAGUCAAAACUUGGAGGAGAAAAUGCCCCUUUGGUGAUGGGGUUUUCCUGAAAACUGGUGUUAAGAAAAGCUGAGGGUUUGUUUGUUUGUUUGUUUGUUUUCUUCGCUAAUAACCAAGGCUUUUGCCCAGGGCCAACCCUGUUUGCACUUGGCUGUCGACAUUUCGAACCCUUGUAGAUAUUUUCCAUACACAAGUCCUGAGGCUUUUCUUUGCGGUGGCUUGCUUUGGCUCUAAGGGUGAUGUAAAAAUAGAAAUAGCUGGGUGGGUGAUAAUGUUUUGAAAUGUGUGGCUUCAGAGGCGAGGCCGAGUGCCUCGGUCUGUGGGUGGAUUGGUCUUUAAGCGUAGGAAUGGCUUCCUUUGCAAGAUAGAACUCUUUUGCUCAUGACCGGCGGGAGCUGUCUGAAAAUUGGCAAAUAGCGUUUGGCUGUGUGCAUGCGAACAGCCCGCUGCAGUCAGCGGUGGAUCUGCCAUUUCCUGGCCUGUUGUGCCCCUCAAAGGGUCCUCGGUCUGCUGCCUCUGCCUUCUGCUGGGUCCAGGGUGGCCCUUGCCCUCCAGCCUGUUUCCGCAGGCCCUCUGGAGACACCACACUUCCUGAGCCACUUCUGCCAAGGACCUUCGGGCUCCCAGAGGUCGAGAGCCUGCGUCUAAACCCCACCCCCGGGGGUGUUCCUGGUCUUGGCCUGGCCUCGGCGGUCGGGGCUCUUUGCGGACGCGUUCUCGUUCUUGGUCGGACACAGAGUCUCCAUUUACAAGAAGCUCUGGGAGGAGCCUGGUGCCGGUGAUGAGCUGGGGUGGCGUCCGGGAUUCCUUCCCUCUCUCCUCCCGCCCGCCACCUCUGUCUCAAUAAAGUGUGUUCUGUGCAAGGCUGGGUGUUGUCCGUGAGGGUGGAGGCCGGCUUCUGGAAGCCAGCAGGUAAGGGCGUCUUCCCAAACGGGGCUGACCCCCUGCUCCACCAUCUGGCUUUUGAGGCUGCUGAAUAAGAGAGUGGGAUCAUCCCCUUUUCUGUAAUCAUCACAUUCUCCAGCGUAGGGCGGCUUAGCAGUAGAGGGCGGCUUCGCGUGAGCAAAAUGCCACUGACUGCGUCAGCUGUGGCUAAAUGUUGAUGCAUUUGGACGUUUCCCGCGUGAGCAGCAGCAGGGAGAGGCAGGGCCGGCCGGACAAAGGUUAGUCGGGAAGCAGGAGGUGCGAAAGCCUGUGGUCUCCUUGUCCGGGAGCGCAGCGGGGAGAUGCAGGGCCGUGGGCGGACGCUGGGCCGUUCUGGGUUGGACUUUGGGUUAGGCUGGGACGGUCUUGCCCGGCCAGCGUCUCCAAAGGGCGGGUAGAUCAUUUUUAUUAGCGCAGAGGUGGAUGUUUUUACUGCGGUACUGAUUUUCAAAGCGUACUGGGGAAACGUCCAGUCAGCCCCUUGAACCUGGGUAGGGAGAAGUUGAAGUAGGCAUUUAUUCACAACAAGGAGACGUGUCCCAGCGCCGCACUCGGCAUCGGACGGGGGGUGCUGAGCCUGGAGAGGGUGCCCCAGUCCAGCUCCGAGUGAAGGGUUGAGCGGUGGUGGGAGGGAGCCCGGGGCCUGGCUGCGGGGGCAAGUGGCCCGACGGGCCAAGGACAAGAGUGGUUAAGCAGGAGGAAGUAGCGGUUGGAGAAGAGGUGAUUCAGGGCCUCCGCCGCUUUGCCCGAAUCUGCAAGAUGGGCCCAGCUCUGUCGUCCAGGGGCCGCCUGCCCGCUGGCUGGAGAGACCUCGCAGGGCGUCCUGCGGAUCCCGAGACCCGCGUUCCCUCCCUCGGGAUGGAGAGCUGGCGCCUCCCUCCAGGCGAGGACGGCCUUCCUGGGGGGUUCUCCCUCCAGUAGCCCCGGGUGUGCCCUCCUCGCGGCUGCUGAGUCCAGGGUCAACCUCUGCCUCCCUCUUGCUCAACACUCAGCUGUGGUGUGUGUUUGUUGUGAUGGUGUCCGUCCUGCCUGCUGAGGGACCCCCCUCCCCACCCUGCCCGGCCCCGGGGGAGGGGGGGUGACUAACAGUGCCUGCCCUGCAGGGUUCCUGGGGGCUAGUUCAGUUAGUAGUAGCUCGGCUGCAGGUCCUCUAAGCCCCCCACAGAGGUAGGGCUGCACCCCACCUGACAGAUGAGCAGACGAGCUGGGGUGAACCGGUCCUGAGUCCCCCGGCUGGUCUGCGGCACAGCCAGGGAUUGAGUCCCGGCAGCGAGGUGCAGACGUUCUGCCUUAUGUGUCCCCGUUGCAGUGGGAGGGCAGGAGGCAGUGCAGAGGGAAGGCCUGGGAGGUGAAGGGCCCAGCCUGCCGGCCUCAGGGCACCCGGGCAGGACUCUCCAGUUAUAAAGGUUAGGACAAGUUUGAGUGAGACUCCAUUGUCUUGCUUUGCUGUAGCAAGUUAAGGAACCUUCCAGGGAAUCGUGGGUCCUCACCCCUGGGCAGGAAAGCUCAUGCCGGCAGGCCUGGAUGCGCGAAGCCCUGCCCCUGCAGAAACACCGGGAACCAGAGUGUCAGAAACGGUGGCUUUUGGAUCUGCACGGGCUGGGCUUUCUUUCCUGAAUCUGAGAGGAUACCACAGCUAAGCGUUCACUUUGCCAUUCGUGUGACAAAGGAAGAAAAAGUCAUCAGAAUGAGAAAUAGGAAACAAUAAAAUCACUUUAAUUUGCUU